UUAAGAGGAAGAAGCAGCAGAGGAAAGAAAGGAAGUGCAGCAAGAGGAAAGUUGCUUAGCCUGUGAAUCAAAAGGCUUUCGCCGACCAGCGCUGCAGUGAGGAAAAGAAGACGGAGAAGGAGAGGAGGGAGGCAUAUUUACAGGAGGACUACGUCUCUCUGGUGCACUGUAUCACCUGGACACUCUGCAGCAGACACACACUCAUUCACCAGAGUCUCAGUGCACGACAGCAAAUAUAAUCAAACGGACAUGAAGACCGGCAAGAGAUCCUUCAUAGCCUUCAUCAAGGAGAGAAAAAUGGGGUUGAAUGACUUCAUCCAGAAGCUGGUGUCAACCCCACAUAUCUGCCAACAUGUUGAAGUUAACAACUUCCUGAAGAUUGACGAGAAUCAGAACGAGGAGGUUGACUGUGAUGAACUUCCUGAUAGUCCGAUGUUCCUAUCUUCACGAAGUUCACUGGCUGAAGAAACUCAGAUCAAACCUUGUGAUUUUGACUACCUCAAAAUCAUCGGUAAAGGCAGCUUUGGAAAGGUUCUGUUGGCCCGGCACAAGGAGACCUCUAAUUAUUACGCUGUCAAAGUGCUGCAGAAGAAAAUCAUCAUGAAGAAGAAAGAGCAAAAGCAUAUCAUGGCUGAGCGCAGCGUGCUGAUGAAGAACAUCAAGCACCCCUUCCUGGUGGGGCUGCACUUCUCCUUCCAGACUACUGACAAGCUGUACUUUGUCCUCGACUACGUCAACGGUGGCGAGCUGUUCUACCAUCUCCAGAGGGAGAGGAUCUUCCUGGAGCCCAGAGCCAGGUUCUAUGCGGCCGAAAUCGCAAGUGCACUUGGCUAUCUCCACUCCCUGCACAUCGUAUACAGGGACCUGAAGCCUGAAAACAUCCUGUUAGACUCACAGGGCCACAUUGUCCUCACAGACUUCGGCCUGUGCAAAGAAGGCCUUGAGGACAACGGAACUACAACAACCUUCUGUGGGACACCAGAGUACCUGGCCCCUGAGGUUCUCCAGAAGCAGGCGUACGACCGCACAGUGGACUGGUGGUGUCUGGGAUCGGUGCUCUAUGAGAUGCUCUAUGGACUUCCACCGUUCUACAGUCGUAACACAGCUGAGAUGUACAACAACAUCCUGCACAAAUCACCCGUGCUCAAGCCCAACGUGUCGAACUCAGGCAGGGAGAUGCUGGAGGGGCUGCUGCAGAAGGACCGCACUAAGAGGCUGGGAUUCAAGGAUGACUUUCUUGAACUCAAGCACCAUUCCUUCUUCUCUCCAAUUAACUGGGACGACCUGAUGGCUAAGAAGAUCACACCUCCAUUCAUCCCCUCAGUGAGUGGCCCCACAGACCUCCGACACUUCGACCCCGAGUUCACCCACAUGCCCGUGUCUUCCUCUCUGUGCAACGACUCGCUGACGGUGACCAGCAGCGUGAAGGAAGCAGCCGGAGCUUUCCCAGGCUUCUCCUAUGGUCCUCCGUUAGGGCAAUCCUUCAUGUAAACGGCAGCGCCUCUGCCCUUCUUUCUCGAGAACUCACGAGACACGGGACACCAGCUCUAGAUCACAGGGUCCAACCAGAGCAGCCUGCUUUGGUUGGGCGACGUUACUGAGCUCAAAAUGAACCGGAGCGGAAGAUUUCGAGGGAUCUUGUGCAUGAAACUGUACAGAUGGGGACUCUCAUUUUACACCCUACUCUUCCGCCUAAACCACCCAAAACUAUCAAACAUGUGUGCCAAGUAUGGAUGCACUACGAGGUCAAAAUACAUCUCUCUCACAGCUUCUGGUGAGGUGACAGGAAGAGAAGUGCCUGAGGUUCUAAAGGCAGUUUGAACGGCGGCAACAACAGAGUUGGCAAGAGCCAGCUUCAUCAAAAAAUAUCUAAAAACAUUUCACUUGUUUGGACCAGGGCGAAAGACGAUAAGGUGGAGGCCUUCAUUAUCAUGUCUAUAUGUUCAAUUUGUUUUGUUACAUUGUUAUUUUCAUGUGAAUGCUCAAUUGCACUUGAGGAAACAAAGGUCAGGAAAGCAUCAGCAGCUUUUAGAUUGCACCGCUUCAUAUCUUCACACUUUUAUUUCAAACCUGCUUUAGACAAGAAACAAUAUUUUGCACUCAUAGUGGACCAAAUUAUGCUUUAACUCAAAGACUUUUUUUGACCUGCUUGUCCUCAAAAGAUCAACGUUUUACUGUAUUGUGUAGAAGAUAAAAAAAGUGACAUAUAUUAUUGCAAACCAAAAGGUUUUCCAUGGUACCGACACGAGAUUUUAAGAGUGCAUAUAUUAUAAGAUAAUUGUUACAGUUUCCUAGUAUAUGUAUAUGGCUGUAUAUUAUAUUUUUCCAAUUACUUUUUCCUUUUCAACCAGUGUCUGUUAAUCUAUAUCUUCUGUUUAUGAACGAUCAGGAGCAUGCGUACAGAGUUCAACCAGCAAUAACAGGCCCUCAUCGAUGAUAGCACAUACUGUAUAUCAAAUUCCUUGAAAUAUUAGUGAUUUGCUGUUUUUUUGCAAACACUCCGGACGAACAAUGUUUUUGUAUUCAAGCAUCAUGUAGAGAAGAACUGUGAAUGUCUCGUGCCUGUCCAAGGCGGCCUGAUCCAUAUUUACUGUAUGUACAUAUCUCUUUUCCCUAAGCCUCUGGCUCUUUUUUCUAGAAAUCGUCAGUAUAAAAACUGCUUUGUUGACUUGAAGAAAGAACUACAAGGUAGAGCAGGCACUGGCUAAAAGCUAACAGUGAUUAGCCUGUGCCCUGCUACAUUUUACGGUUGUGGAAAGUGCAAUAAAAUCAAGAAUAAUUAUCAUUUAAUCUCUUUUCGCAGUGUAAAUUGUAAUUUAUGAUCUGAUAUUCAUUAAGUUAUUAAGAGAGGAGCUUCACUCCAACAGAUUGCUCAUGUUUUGCUAGUUUAAUCUCCACAUGUUAGCCGUUUGCAUACUGGAAGUGGAUUUUCAAGCCUGCUGAAAAUAAAUAAUAAGGCAACACACAGUUCUAGAUCAUUUUCUUCCAUAUUUGGAAGCAUUCUUUUUCCGUUUUGUAUUUUUAUGUAUAUUUAUUUUCAACCACUGCUACUGUAUAAAAGAAGAAACAUUUACAUGAUCAACGGAAAUAUUGAAUUGUGUAAUGUGUCAGAAAUGGCAAAUAAAUUCAAUGAAAGUG